AUGUUUUCACGAGCAACAGAACCAAAUCUGAAUUUACCUGAUACCGUAAUGUCUGAUGGAAUCUUCGUGAAUGAUCGAGUUGACGGCCGUAACAACAGCCACGAAAUCGUUUCCAAUGUUACAGAAGCCUGGACUGAUUCUACCAAUAUGCAAUUUGAGGAUGAUCCUUUUCCUCCAAUAUUAUCGGGUACUCUGCACACAGAACGAUUCGAUUGUACUCAAAAACUACCACUUAGGACAAGAAUUGGUAUGCUUAAUACAAAAUUGAAAGAUGAAGCAGACGGGAAUGUCCACAGUCCUGCAUCAAUAUCGCAUUCAGAGGCGCGAAAACUGAUAUCUGAAAUGUCAACCGGAUCGGAUAUUAUCAGAACCCCUUCACCGGAAUUAGCUCAUCAUAAAACUGCCAUAGGGAGCAGUGGUAGCAGUGAUCGUCGAUUGAACUCCUACUUAGCUGCUGCUGAAGCGGCCGAAAUGUUUGUUGCCCAACUUCACAGCAAUUCUAAUGUUGAGAUUUCCACCAGUGUCCUGAGAAGGAGCUGUUCGGAUGAUCAUUUGUUGAAAGCAGCAAUGGAUAAGGCCCGGUCUCUUGAUGAUCUCAACGGACCACAUACGGAUAAAGCGAUUAGUUUGAGUCAUUCUCUGGAUGAUACAACGACGUGUCCAUUUGAUGCUUCUGAACAUUUGAUGAGUGCUUGGGAUAACUACCAGGUGCCGUAUUAUUCCAGUAUUGAGGCAAUAGAACCUAGCGAACCCAAAGCCAAGUUUCCGGAAGCCAUCUUUUGGGAAGAUCUAUUUCCCGAUGAAACGGAGGCCCUUGAUUUUGAACAGCAACUUCAUCAAACCAAAGGAACUACUCGACAGAUUGAUGAGUGGAGUUUUGAGGGACUUUCUAGUACACCUUUUUCCAGUUUAGAAGGCGUUGAGAUGGUUGAAGUUAAUGAUGGAGGAAGCGAAAGCUCUGAGGCACUUUUGGAAUCAGGUGAUAGAGAUCCAUUUUCAGAAGAAUAUUCAAUUUCUGCACCUCAUUCUUCUGAUAAACAGGACAAAUGUAUUCAGACUGAAAUGGAAGAGCCCGUUAAUGGUACUCUCACUCCCUCUGCAUUUUUGAGCAACUCUCAAAGCGUUAUUGCUCAUGAUACGAAUACGACCCACACAUCUGGCUAUGAAUCCGGACCUGAUGCAGUCAAUUCAUUAUUCCAGCGCAGUCAUUUGUGCUCAUUAAAUAAUUCAGAGGAAGUCGAUGGGAAAAAAUCCGCCCCUCCUGCCUCCCGCGAUUUCGGCGUCCAGGCAGUACGCGGAGGUCACCACGAUGCUACCUAUUCUAUUAUGGAAGAAUCACCUGAUUGUACCCUAUUAUUUGGGUGCAUUGAAUCAAACUUAAUCAAUCAAUCUGAACUGGAUAUGUUGAAUCUACGGAGCUUUUUGCUAGAGAUUCUUGCCAAUAGCAAUAAUGAAAACAACUCAUCGCCUUCUACGGCAACUGGCAAGAAACAGAGGCGAGCAAAAUGUUCAGACGCCUUCAAUGGACCCAGAUCUGUAUACAAUUUGAUGAAGUGCUUUUCCUGCAUGCGUAAAUCUGCUGAACGGAACUUGAAAAUGUUACAAUUAUCAGAAGUCGUUGAUACCAAGCAUCGCGAGGAUCUUUCUGAUAGGUGGAACGUGCUUACCAGGUGGAUUGAUAACCAUACCGAAGAACUUCAGGAAUUUAAUAACUUCCAAGAGAAGCUUCAGGAGAUCACGUUGAAGGCUAACGUGCUCAAUCAAGUAGCAGAUAAGCUCUCAACUCCAAAUUCUCCAAAGCGAUCUCAGACAUUGGCCAAUGAAUCCAGUGCUCUCGUAGAGGAUGCAGAAAAUCUUCGAGAACUUAUUCUAAAUCGAAAAAUUCAAACACGAAAUAAAGCGAGCCUCAGUUCGAUUGACUCUCCGGAACUAUCUGACUUAGAUGAGCUUUACUCUGAAUGUCGAAACAAGCUUCUUGAUCGGACAAUGCAAGAUAUUCGAUCUCUUACUGAUCGGACAAAGGCAUUGAAAUCUACUUUCUCAUACUUGGAAUCCCUUAACGAACGGUUACAAAUAUCUCCGGAAGCUGAAACAAAUACUUUUCUGAAUGAAGCAAAAGCGGCUGCAGAAUCCAAUCAAUCGAAUCAUUCGCUGUUCAAUAAAAGAGGCGGUCACAGCCGUAUCCGUUUUAUUACCCAAAUUCAAUUUGCUUUCUUUGCUCUCUUCGUUUUUGUCACACUCCUUUAUGUAUGCAAUGACAUAGAACGGUACUUCCCAUUUCGUUGUAUGAGAAAUGAAUGGCCUGGUUGUCGAGCUAUUCAUUUCUAUCAAAUAGGAGUUCCCCCACAAUAA